UCCGGGAAGCGCGCGCCACUGUUUGGGGAAAUACCUUCCUCCAAGCAGCCGUCUUUCCAGCCCUCCAGCAGAGUGCCUUGGCUUUCAGCUUUGUUUAUUCCUCAUUGACAGCCACCUCUGCGUCGCUUUUAAGGGCAACAACAGCGUGUUGCUGCGUUGCUCGGACCCGGGGCCACUGUUGUCGCGUCUGGAGGGGGACGAUUCGGACCUGCACUGACUGACUGACUGACUGAUUGACUGCAGCGGCGGCACCAUGUCCGAUUUCAUUCUGCUGCUCCUGAUCAUCUUCCUCCUGCUGUGUCUGGCGCUGACGGUCGGUGGGCUGCUGGUGUACUCGGGGCUCCUUUCGGACGUGGUCGUUAAAACGGGAGCCCCGCCGAUCAGGAACGUCACCAUCGCCUAUAAGUUCAAGGAGGGCGCCUACAAAGACAGCGGCGCCGCCUUCACGGAGACCUGCAGCGUCUGCCCCAAGCUCAAGUCCAUCGGGAUUUUCUACGAUGACCCCAGACAGAGGCCUCUAGAGAAAUGUCGCUACACGGUGGGCAGCAUCCUGUGCGAGGGCGAAGAGAAGCCAGAUGAAGGCCUGCUGAAGCUUUACGAGGAGUUUGGCUUCAAGGUGUUUUCUCUACCCGAAGUGAGCCACGCCGUGACCACCACCUUCCCGUGCACUACCAAUGUGUCCUAUGUGCUGGCUCCUCACCGGGUUUAUCCGCGACUUUCUUCCUACAUUGAGGAGAGGAAACUAAGUGGCUUCCCAUAUCUUGAGAUCUAUCACUCAGAUGUCAUCAACUACAUGGUUCCACUGUCUCAUCAGACGGACUUCUUUGUGCCAGAAAUGACAGAGGAGCCAAAAGCAGAAGUGAAAGACGAGGACUCUGAUGAGGACAGAGGAACUGACAUUACAGGCGCAGAUUCCCACAGCGAUGUCAGCUCAGUAAGCGGCGGCGUGCCAUGGGACAGUAGGGAGACAUCCCUGGCAGCGUCCACGGCUGCCUCCCUGGCCUCCUCUCUGCCCCUGAGGGACAUAAUGGACUCAAACGAAGACAGUAAGCACAUGGAGCACAGCGACAGAGGUUCAAACGACUCUGUGGGCAGCGGCUCGUCCUUCGAAGAACUUGACAUGGACCAGGAGGAGCUGGAGGGAGGGCAAGAGACGGAAGACGGGAAGGAGAAAGAAACCCCUGAAGAAGAAGAAGGAGCUGGAGAAGAUGUCGGACUGGUUGCUAAGCAGAGGCUCCUGGGAGACGGAGAGGAGUAGGAAGGAUGCUGAAGAUAUAAGGGACGUAGCCAUGUGACUGGCAAGCUAGAGUGUUUCUCAGCCGUGCUGUUGUUGGUUAUCUGUCAAAUAAAGUGGUUGGUUGACCUAAAGCUGUCCAUGCCCUGAACAAGACCACGUUUUUCUGCACCUUCUAACGAAGCCUGUACUUUUUCUUUAACGUAAUCACAGAUUUCACAAGUUAGCCCUGAUUAUGUGUUUGAAUGCUGACUGGACAGAGCAUCCGUGGGUUGACCAGCUCAUGAUGCGCCAUUCUGAUUUCAGUGAAGGUCAAACAGCAUAUUUUUGUGACUCCUGGUUUCAGAUCCAGGUUUGUACAGAUAUUUCUGUCACUUUUUUUCCCUAAACAUUGAACCUAAGAGAACUGAAAUAAACGACGAUUGGUUUAAAAAGUACAUGAACUACUGCUGCUGCUGCUGUAGACCCAGAUUUUUCUUUUAUUUCAACAAAAUAAGUUUUCAAAUCUGAGGCAAUAAAAAAAAAGCUUAUUAAAAUCUCCACUAGGAAUAAGACUUGAAAUUCAACCCUGUAAGCGUUUUCCUUUAAGAGAGUACAGGAUAUUUUAUCAUCACUCUGUACUCAGAUAAUUGCUUUUUAAUGCAAGUUGGCUUUCUAUACUUGGAUUAUUAACCCACUCUUCACCCAGUUUAUUUUGUUCCUUAUGUAGCCAGAAUUCGCCUGCUUCAUCAGAACCUAGCUGUAACCUCUUUGUAAGUUGAUAUUGUACUGGAAAUGUAGAGACGUAUUGCCAUGUUUGUGUCCCUCUGUGUUGAAUAAAAAUUUCAACUGGAAAGUUUGA